AUGCCUCCUAGAAAACGUUCUGCCGUUGUGAAUGACUGUCCUAAACGGGUCAAACGAACAAAGAAAACCAGCCCAUCCGAGAUAAGUCAUUUUAAACUCUACCGCAGUUUGAGGGGAGGCGUUCCUGCUAAAGCGGGUUUGGGUGAACCACAACCCCAGCAGAUUUUUACUAGUAUUGCGGUGGGUCUUCCCGCCCGGGUUAGUGCUAAACUUAAAGCCAAAAUAUGGGCAAACGAAUAUGUAGACUUUGGGGCAUUGCUUUUUUCCUCCCCUCAAAAUGAAGGCAAAUAUUCGUUAUCUAUGAUGCCUUCUGCUGGGCUGCAACGCUCGCCACAGUUCACGCUCGAGCCCUCACAAUCCAACAAAAGGAUUACUUCGAUACAUCAAUGGGCUUCGGCAUUUAAUAUUUUUGUCUCAGUCUAUGCGGAGCGCUUCUCUAGCGAAACUCCAAGUUUAAUGAAAUAUUGCGAAGUUGUACGAGAUUUGGCUUAUAAAUCAGGCGAUUGGUUUGGGUAUGACGAACAAUUUCGCUAUAUCAGACAAUCGAACCCAGCACUUUACCCAUGGGACCAAAUACACUGGGAAUUAUGGCUAAGAGCUGCCAACAGUUUUCGUAGGCCACAGUCGUUCACAAACAAAUUUCAGACUCAAACUCGUCAACGCUUUCGAUCUCCCCCUUUUCCAAAGGGAACUUGCUGGGUCUUUCAAGCCGGGAAGCAUUGCUCUGGCUGCCAAUAUGACCACUCCUGCUUUAAAUGUGGAGCAAAACACCCAGGCAGUCAAUGUGUCAUUCAAGCAAUCACACCCCAUUUCGGAGGUAAGCUUAAAGGAGGCCCGACUCAAGCACUGGGUUCUACACAGUCCCCCGGUUACCCCGGUGAAAGUGGAUCGUCUUAA